UCUGUUCCUGGAACAGUGUCGUCGAAAAGCGUGUAACUGGCCGACCUGGUGCGUUUUCUUUAACCGCGACGCGAUACGCCGAUGUUGAUGCAAAACGAGACGCGAACGAGCCGACCGAAAACAGGCGGCGGAAAACAAUGGAAACUGGUCCGUGAGAGCCGUGGUCGCGCGGCGCACAAAAAGCCAGCAACCGACGAUUCACCUGCCGCGACGCGGAGCCACCUGUUAUCGCGCCCCCGCCUCCUGGUGUGCGCGCCACUCGUCAGUGUCGGUCGCGGUAUGCAUGGCUGAUACAUACAUGACGGGCGAAGACAGGUGGACAUACACGGACGCGCUGCAUUGCGUUGCAAGACGCGUUCUUUAACUUUCUUGGCGCGAGCGCAUUUGCAAUCGCAAUUAUGCAUCGUAACAACGGAUGAAAGACAAUUUCGAGGAAACUUUUGCCGUCGAUAGACGAUAUAGUAUUUCAAGAAGAAAUAAUCCGCGAAAUUCGGAGCAACAAAAUUUCGAAAAUCAUUGCAUUCUCUCAAAGAACUGGAUGUUGUCAGUAAAAUUCCGCGAGGAACAAAGCGAACUGAAAUUUAUGUCAAAUUUUCUUCAUUUAUCGUUUUAUUCAACAAAGAUGAGAGUUCAAGAGCAAUUAAUUUCGAUGAAAGAAAAUCGAACUUGAGGGAUGAGCGUCAGUGAGCGCGCGUUUAAAUCUAGAGUCGUGUUUACGUUACGUUGCGUUACGUAUAACAUGCCUGUAAGAAGAGCAAAUAAUGAAAGAAAAAUUUCAUCACAAAAUUCGCAAACUAAAUAACAUAAAAUAAAUUACAAGAUGCUUACGAAUAAUAUACGGAGGUUGGAUCUUCUUACUAGAGGAUGCCGAUAUUGCUAUUCCUUGCUAAAAAUAGCGCCAAAAUCGUCGGCGAGACUUGUCAGAAGAUGUAGAUCAUUCGUUAAUACAAGGCAUACCAAAAAUACUGCUCGAAGAUGGCGAUUUAUUAUGCCAACUGGAAUUGGAUUGUCGCUACUCGCAGGAGUACAAUGGAAUAACUUGCACAAAUAUGGAUAUCCCGUUCAUGUAGACGAUAGGCCAGAACUGCUCAAUGAUGUUAUGGUAACAUGUUAUUGUUGCCUGCCACUGAGAACAACUAGCAGAGUAUGGGGAUGGCUGACAAGCAUUGAAUUGCCAGUGAGUUUGAGGCCAACAUUAUACACAUUUUACGCAAACUUGUUUCACGCCAAUCUGGACGAGAUGGAAUUGGAUCUAUCUGCUUUUCCGAACCUGGUAGAAUUUUUCGUCAGGGCACUUAAACACAAUGCGAGACCCAUUGCUCAAAAUACAAAUAUGAUUUCACCUGCGGAUGGUAAGGUUCUUUAUUUUGGACCAGUGACUUCCUGCCGUGUGGAGCAAGUGAAAGGAGUAACGUAUGAUCUUAGACAGUUUUUGGGCGACUCAAAUAGUUUCUUACUGAAUAAAAUGUCAAACCAGGCAGAUAAGGACGAUUAUGUUAAUUCGCUCUUGAGGAACCCAGAUAAUAGAUUGUAUCAACUGAUUAUUUACUUGGCACCCGGUGACUAUCAUCGAUUUCACAGUCCCACAGAGUGGAACAUAAAAUUCCGACGGCACUUUCCAGGAAAGUUACUGAGCGUCAAUCCCAAAGUGCUAAAGUACAUGCCUAACUUGUUCUCCUUGAACGAGCGCGUCGUGUACGUCGGAGAAUGGUCGGGCGGCUUCAUGGCUUACACGGCGGUCGGGGCGACAAACGUGGGCUCUAUAAGAGUCUACUGUGAAGAACUGGCGACCAAUAAAGUGCAGUUCCCGGAAACCCUGCACUGGAAAGAGGCGAGCUUAGACUGUGCUCGAGUGGCCAAAGGCGAACUGUUCGGCGAAUUUAGACUCGGAUCCACAAUUGUGCUCUUGUUUGAAGCACCACAAGACUUUCGGUUCAACUUGCAAAUCGGCCAGACUAUCAAAGUCGGUCAGGCACUGAGCGCGUGUUCCAACGACGAGCCUGAUGAAAGACAGAUCGAACGACGGCACUUAAUUAUGAAUGUUGCGUACGACUGGAGAGAUAUAUGGAGACCCAAAAUAGCAUGAUAAAAUAGGAAAGCUAUUUCAUUUUUACUCGAGAAACACUCGCAUCUUUGCGCGAAGCGUAAAUAGAAUAAAGAAAGGAAUUGUAUAUUGGAUGAUCGCGCUAUACGCUAGGGACUUGAUUUUUUUUUUUUUUUUUUUUUUUGAGUACGUAAGUAUCGAUUUUGCGAUUACUUCUGUGCCUAAUUAUGCCUUUGCGCGGAAAGUCAUCGUCUUGUGCAUUUAUCUGAAAUUACAUGUAAAUAUAUAAUACGAGAUUAGGCUCAUUCGCUACUUUAAUUGCGCGAUAUCGGGCAUCACGCAAAGUGAUUUAUAAUAGUUUUGACACAGUUAAACUUAUUGCAGCGUGUACGACGAGCGAACUAUAUAACACAUGUGCAUCUUUGUACGGCAGCAAUCUUUGUACGAUUGCAAAUAAAAAAAAUCAUACGGGA